AUGGCGGCGCAGGUCUGGGUCCCCAAUGAAACCGCAGUCGCGCAGAUCUGCCAGCUUCUGUCCGGCUUCCAGAGUCCCACCGCCGACCAGGCGCAGGUGUGGCAGCAGCUGCAGCAGGCGCGCCACGUCCCCGACUUCAACAAUUACCUGUCGUAUGUAUUCAGCAAGGGGGAGACGCUGCCCAGCGAGGUGCGCAACGCGGCGGGCCUGCUGCUGAAGAACAACCUGAAGCAGCAGUACGCCACCACCACAGAGGACUUCCGGCAGUACAUCAAGGGCGACCUCCUGCACGUCCUGUCCCACCCCGACCGCGCCCUGCGCCACACCGCCGGCAGCAUCGUCUCCACCGUCGCCGCCGCGGGCGGGCUGCGGGCGUGGCCUGAGCUGGUGAUGUGGCUGGGCCACAGCCUGGGCAGCGGGGAGGCGUCGACGCUGGACGGCGCGCUGGACACCCUGUUCAAGGUGGCGGAGGACGGGAUGGACCAGAUCAACACCAAGAUGGAGGGCCCCACCUGGGGCACCCCCCAGGCCGUCAGCUCCCUCCUCGUGCCGCCGCUCCUCGCCCUGCUCCCCCACCCCUCCCCCGCCGCGCGCCGCGGCGCGCUGGCCAUCCUGAACCUCAUGCUGCCCUCCAUGCCCGACGGCAUGGUCGACAACAUCGAGGCGUUCACGGCCGGCCUGUUCAGCCUCGCGACGGACACCGACCCCGGGGUGCGCAAGCAGGUGGUGGCGGGGCUGGUCAACCUGCUGCCAGUGAGGCCGGACCUGCUGCUGCCGCAGCUGCACCAGAUCAUCGAGUACAUGCUGGCGAUGCACCAGGACGGUGACGAGGACGUGGCGCUUGAGAGUGCCGAGUUCUGGGUGGCCUUUUGCGACGCCGACGACGUCGAGCCUGAGCUGCUGCGGCCCUUUUUGCCGCGGCUGAUCCCCCUGCUGCUGGACAAGAUGGUGUUUGAUGAAUACGAUGAGGAGGUGCAGGUGGGGGCCCAGUUAUGA